AAUCAGGAACCCUGUUUUGUAUCUCCUUGUUUGUUGUUCUUCUCCAGUAAAGUGAGAGAUAAACUAAAGUAAGACAAUGGCUGACAAACCAAAUAUCAGUGAAAUCUCUCAGUUUGACAAGACCAAGCUGAAGAAAACUGAGACACAGGAGAAGAACACACUUCCCACCAAAGAGACCAUUGAACAGGAGAAAAAAUCUGAGGCGUAAGUUAUCAACAGCUCUUCACCAAGGGCAAGAUGUAGAGGACUCCGUGAGAUGGCUAGUCACAUCACUUUAGUCAGAUGGCAUCUCUCAACCACCAGUCAUUACAGCCAUAGGCUGGAGUGGGAUAUUCACAGUUUUAACUGUAGACCAUACUGAAGGAUGACUGACUCUUCAUGUUAAUCAUUUCUACAGUACGAUCAUGUGUUUUGUGAAGAGGCAGUCAACUUUGCACUGAGGAUGUCUAACUCUCAGAAAGCUCUAUGUAAAUCCAUCUGUAAGAAAAUGAGUUUUAUCUGCCCUCAUUUUGAACUUUGGUGAAAUAAACCUUUAAAAUGAA